AUCUAGGUGUGGUCCAAGAGUGCUGCAUCAUGGUCAUGGGGAAAUUAAAUUACAGACUCUCACCUUUGAUUAUCACAGUCUUCACAGAAAAUGUCAGCAGAAGUUCAGGCAGAAGUAGGGCUACUGGUAAAGGAGAGCGGGAAGGCCCUUCCUCUUCGUUCUCUGGCCGUAGAGGGUGACAUCAAUGGCUACGUGGUGGGCCUCUCCAUUAAGCUCAUCUAUGACAAUGAUAACACUGGCCCGGUGGAAGUUACGUUUCGAAUGCCCCUGGAGGAGAAAUACGUCCUUACCGAUUUAACUGCACUCAUAGAUGGAAGGCGAAUCAAAGCAGACGUGAGAGAGAAAGAGGAAGCGAAGGUGGUUUAUGAUGACGCCAUUGCCAGCGGAUUGCCUGCUGCACUCGGGGAGGAGCUCAGUAAGGAUAUAUUUUCAGUAUCUCUUGGGAAUCUCCCAGGAGGAAGCAAAGCAGAGAUUGAGCUCAGCCUUGAUUGGCAGCUACCUAUAGAUGCCGAGGGGAAGUUAUCUUUCACCCUCCCAGCUGUGCUAAAACCAAGAUACACUCCAGCUACCUCCCAGGGAAUAGGAGCAACACCAGCUCCACCAAGCGAAGCUUCAGUAGAUGGUCAAGCUGGUGUUUCCCAGUUUCUUCUAAGAGUGCACAAUGCAACUAGCAUAGCAUCUGUAACGUCAGCUACUCACUCUAUUUCUGUUGAAGAGCAGGCAGAUGCUGAUAUAAAGGUCGUUACUUUAUCAGAAGAGCAUGCACUCAUUCUCAAAACUGAUUUGGUCAUUCAGAUUGGUCUAAUUGAGCCUCAUAGCCCUAUAGCUGUGGUGGAGAAAGGAAAGGGGAGUGAUGGUACUUUUAAAUCCGACCACUUGCUCAUGAUUAAUUUCAUGCCUCAGUUCCCAGCACUCAGUGAUUCAACUCAGUGUGAGUUUGUGUUUCUUGUUGAUCGAAGUGGGAGCAUGUCCGGUCGCUACAUCAAGAGUGCCUCAGAGACACUUGUACUCUUUCUUAAGAGUCUCCCCGAGGGAUGCUACUUCAAUAUUUAUGGGUUUGGUUCUCGCUACGUAAGUCUCUUCUCUACGAGUGUUCCAUAUAAUCAGAAGAACCUUGAGAAAGCCAUUGAUCAUGCACAAUCACUGAAGGCUGAUCUCGGUGGUACCGAGAUUCUACCUCCACUCCGUGAUAUUUACAAGAAGGAUCCGAUUAAAGAUUUCACUAGACAGAUCUUCUUAUUAACUGACGGGAGUGUCAGUAAUACCACUGAGUGUAUUGAUGAAGUGAAACGUAAUGUAAACAUUGCUAAGUGUUUCACGUUUGGUAUUGGUUCAGGUGCUUCUUCCGCUCUUGUUGAAGGAAUGGCUUCUGCUGGGGAUGGUACGGCUGAAUUCGUAAAGGAAGGAGAAAGAUUACAACCAAAGGUGAUCAGAAGUUUGAAGCAUGCUCUACAGCCUUUACUCUCCAACGUUAAAGUCUCUUUCAAAUUCUCUGCCUCUGACGACAUACAUGUGAAGCAGGUUCCUAAAACACUGCCAAGGAUAUUCGAAGGAGAAAGGAUCACAAUAUACGGAAUAGUAAAGAGCAGCGACAUAUCCAGUCCUCUUGAAGGUGAAGUGACAUUAAGUGGUCAAAUAAUAACGUCUGAAGACCCCAUCAAUGUAACCCACACUGUCUCUUUUAAGGAGAGCCCUAGUGAUCAUGGGGUGAGCACUAUACACCAUCUUGCUGCAAAGACAUGGAUACUGGAGCUUGAGAAAGAGAAGCAGCCAAAGGAGGAUAUCAUCAAGCUGAGCAUAGAAUCGAAUGUGAUAUCAAGUGAAACUGCCUUCAUUGCUGUUGAUGAGGAGUUCUCUACACCAAUCAAUGAGCCGCUAACAAGGGUCAGCAUGUCAGCAUUAAGAGAUCAGCUUGCAGACGUUAUGUAUCUAUGCAGUGCCUCCAUUGAUAAUGUACUGACUCGUGGAGAUAAAUUGGAUUGUCUAGAAUAUCAAUCUGAGUCACUUGCUACUAAUUCAGCAAUGUUUAUGACAAAAGCAAAGAAAAAAGGAGGUUUUGGAGGAGGAUUCCUGUCAAGCAUUGGGUCUGCUUUGUCUUCAGUGGCAGGUAGUUUCUCAAGGAGAUCCAAUACCACACCAGUUUUUGAUGGUGCUACAAGCUCCAGGUCUGCUCCAGAGCCUCAACUACGAGUGAUUGAUGAUCUACUAGGGCAAGAAGAAGACAGUGCAUGUAUGUCUUUUGCACCCGAUUCCAAGAUUCCCAGUACAAAUGUGGAUUCUCUCUCUUCUCUAAUCCUCCUACAGCAAGCUAAUGGUUCGUGGGUUCUCAAUGAAGAAUUAGCUUCGCUCUUGCAGUUGAGCUUCACUGAUAUAAAGGACAAGUGUCCUUCUGACUGUCCCAGUGGUGAAGUGUGGGCUACUGUACUUGUGAUUACUGUAUUACGCUCACGCUAUUCUACACAAAGUGAUGAAUGGGAGUUGGUGGUGAAGAAAGCAGAGACUUGGCUCAAAAGGCAAGCACAGGAUAGCAUUGGCACCUUGUUCACUGAAGCUAAAAAUUUGAUCGGAUAACUAUUUUAACAAUUAAUCAUUUUUAUUCUUUGGCUAGUAGUUGUUAGUUAGGCAGCUUUAUUAUUAUAGUUCUUGUCAUGUGAAAUCAUUAAUUGGAAACUUUAGUUGAUUUGAUUGUUUGCAAA